AUGGAUACCAGGUCGCAACGACCCGAGACUAUGCGCUCCUCUCACUCCGACUCCAGCGAUCUCGCGAGACCUACUCUUUCCCCGGAUCGAGUGCGAAAAGAAGACGUCAUGAUCACUUUGUCUAUCUCUCCCGAAACAACGGCUCCCCCACGGACCCGAUCCCCUUUGGCCCGAUCGCACCUACGCUCUCGAUCACUGGUGGGAAUCCCCGGCAUGCCAUCGAUGACGCGCGCAUAUUCUUCCCCAGGGCUGGACUCUCGCGGAAGAUAUAUCUUCGUCAACGGCCGCGGGGUGGCUGCAUCGCCUGUUGAUGGCGCAAAGCGAACCUUGCCCUUGCAGAUGCGCGCGGACGAUCACAUCGAGACCCGAAUGGGGUCACUCAACAUCUCCGAGACCAUCUCGGAGAACGCCGAACUCGAGACAGUACCCAAGUCACCUUCUUCUCAGCCGGGGUCAUCGCCAAUAUUGAUGCCUCAAACAUUCCCUCGCAUCGGUCGCCUGCGCUCCACUUCCCCCCUGCAUUUCCAACAACCCAUGGGGAGCCCGCCUUCCGCCCAUACCUCCCCCACCCUCGGCGGCAAAUACAAUGAGUCUUAUCCCGGCCAGUCCGCUUCAUCUACUUCAUCUGUCCCAUCUACGCCAACUAGUCUGCGAUCUCGGAGUCCAAGUAUUUCGUCGCUGGAAACUAUUCCCGACAUCCCGGAUGCUGAAGCCGAAGCAGUUGAGGAGGAUGAUCGCAUUGCACAGUUGAAGGCCGCUGCAGAUGCGGCUGACGCGGCGAGCAAUAACAACCGACGACGCGGUGCACCCGACGCAGCUAGUCUAUCCAGCUCUUUCAGUACCGUGCGUGGCGGUCGCAAGCGAUGGAGUGUCUGUGGCGCAGAGCGUCGACAGGAUCUUGACCUGGAGACUAUCUGGGAAGACUGA